GAGGAGAGAAGCUGAGGAGAAAACACACUCGUCAUGUAGCUGAUCUGAAGGCUUACUACGAGGCAGAGAUCAAAGUCCUCCGGGACAAACUGGACCUGAGAGACUUGCCUCAUGACCUGGAGCAGAGCAAACCACACACUCAGACAGAGGUGUGCUCAGCUAGAGCAAGCUCUGUCUGAAGCAAGCAGCCGUAUCCAGGAGCUGGAGAACAAGAACACCAUCCUAGAGAAACAACUGGCUGACUGGCCAGAGCGCUACGACACAGCCUGCUCCACGGCAACGUCCCUGCAGCAGCGAUUGGACGAAAGCAGGCAGUCAGGCAGGGAGAAGGACUCCUCGGCCGGCCGCCUCAGGACCCGGGUCCGGCAGCUAGAGGAGGCCUUGGAGAACGCCUGCAGAGAAACACAAGAGAAGGAGGCCAGGAGGGAGCGGGAGUACAAGAUGCUGCAGGACCUUCUGGGAGAGUAUGACUCUCUGAAGAAAGACCACGAGGGRGUUAAGGACAACUUGGUGUCUACAGAGAACAAGCUGUUUGAUGCCAACGAGCAGGUUUCUGAACUAAAAAGGGUGAUCUGUAAGCUGGAGAGCCAGGUGAAUCAGCUGGAGCAUGAGAACCAGGCCAGGAGUCGCCAGGCUGUCCACAACCACACACAGCCUUCUGGAGCUGGGUACGGUCUCCUCUCCUCCACUCUGUACCACCAUCCGGACCUGUUGCUUUCGCCCAGCAAACACCCUUGGCAACCAGAAUCCACCUAUAGAAUUUCUCCUUGCUCUCAAACCGACCAAUCACACAGCACCAGGAAGUCUCCCUGUCCUCAAACUGACCAAUCGCAGAGUUACAGGAUGUCCCCUUGCCCUCAAACUGACCAAUCAGGCAGCUCGGGCCACUUUACAGACCACACUGGCAGCAGGAGGUGUUUGUCCCCUCCAGAGCGUGAGCAGGACCGGGGUGAGGUUGUGAGRGAGGCUCGGGGGCCUCUGACUCCACUGAUGAGGGCCCUGAUAGAGCUGGAUGAGACCAGAACCACUGAGGACCAGGCCCCCUGUAAGACCAGCCACAGUACCACUGACUCACUCUCACUGGCCUCCAGGCUGGGCAGCCGGAGGCCAACUGUUGGCUUCGUAGAGAGAAACCACAGAGAGCCACCAACACAGGACAGGGGCAAAGCUAUGGAGGACAGGGGCGGGACUGGACAUGAGAGUGGUGCGGCCGGAUCUGAAAGAGGCAUGGUCUGUCUGAAUGGAGGCAGGGAUGGACCUCCCCAGGGUGUGGCUUCUCCUGGAAGGGCUGCGUCUGGGACAUUCAGGGGAGUGUGUCUGCUGAGAGCCCAGAGAAGUCUGUCUCCAGAAGGCCACAGGUCCUCCUCUCUGCCCCCCCGCGCCCAGAGGGCCACCUUCCCCCCUACCACACCCACUAAGAGAGAGACCCUGAUGACGCCUCAGUCGGCUAAAUCCAGCCCCAAACGCUGUCCUACAGAGAACUACUCCACUGCCUUUGGCAACCCACGACAACAGCAGCUACACAACAGGUUUGACGUGGCGUCAGACCAGAGACUCCACUCCUUCCACAACUCCAGCCCCAGGAAGAGACUGUUUUCAGAAGCCACCCAGCGGUCAUCUGGUGGUUCAGUUGAGUCAUCGGGCAGUGUUGAGCCCCAGAAGGGGGUGUGUGGGCUGGGCUGGGAGGAGCAGGGGGCUGGGGGGUCAGGCUCAGACCUCCAGGACCCCGGGACAGACCUACAGAACAGUCUCCACUCCCUGGCCGACGCUGAGAGGCUGUUUGACGAGCUCACUAUGGAGAAACAACAGAUUGAGUCAGCGUUGAGCCGGAUGCCUGGAUCUGGUGGGAGGGUGAGCCUGCAGACCAGGUUAGAUGAGGUGGCCUUAGAGAACCGUCUAGAGAGCGUAAACCGUGACCUGGGUUCCAUCCGCAUGACCCUGAAGAGGUUCCACGUUCUACGCUCCUCUGCCAACAUAUAGCAAUGUUUUUAUUAGAUGACAUCAUAGGUAGGGUCUAGGGCUUUUCCUGGUCAGAUUGCAUGGUCAGGAAAAGCUCCUGUUCCUAGUUAUAGAUGAAUAAAUAUCACCGUUUUCUGUGAUGUAGUUGGAUAAAGAACCCUGAUUGUUCUCUCUUAACUCGCAGGUUGGCAUUUAUUGAGAUGACUCAUGUACUCGAGCAGCUCUGCAGUGGUCACACUAGCUGGCACAGCCACAAUGUCAUAAAAUCUGAUUUAAAACCUUAACCAUACUGCUCACCCUAAUGCCUAACGUUAAAGGGACAUUUCAACAUUUGUCAACUUCGUAUUCAUCAUCUGCACCACCCCAACAUCAACAUAUGUGAAAUGUAUGCGUUUCUAUGUUUUGUAGUAAAAAAUAUAGAGGAAGAUAAGUAAUUCUGAUGAUGACAUCGGUGUGCAUCGUGGGAUAUUAACCAAUUAUGAGUAGGCGUUGCCUACCAAUUGUCUACUAAUUGGUUGAUGUCAUUGGAAACGCGUAUCUUCCUC